GAGUGGUUAAAGAAGAAGAAAAGUUUCCAAAGGAAAUGAUGUUUCUCUCCCUCUAUUAUUACUUUUCGUUUUAGAUUCUCACAGAGCCAAACAGAGGUUUAUAGAGAGGCAUAGCACAUUCUAUUCAUUUCAUUCACACCACAUUUACUAUAACAAUCACAACAUUCCUCCUCCUCCUUCUCCUUCUCCUUCUUUCCCAUUUCUACUCCAUCUUCCAAUUUUCAAUUACCCCUUCUUCUUCCCUCCACUAAUUUUCACAUUCUUAUUAACUGUUGCGAUUGUUGUUUUCAGGGUAUGUGACACGUCAUAAGUUGACCAGUGCUUAAGCCAGAAGAGUUUUUUUGGAUCAUUACACUUCUCUAAAACAAAAGUGUGACUGCAAUCAAGUCCUUUUUUAACCCCUUCUAGUUUAAGGACAAAUGGACGGUGAAUCAACAGAAUCUAGUAGCUAAUUCUAUAGAUUCUCAAAACAGUCACAUUGGUUACAAGAACAACUAUUUAGAUAUUAAGAAAAAUGCCAGAAUUGUGCUUGCCAAGAAGUUAUACUACUUCAACUAGGCCUCAAAUUUUGAGUCUUCUCAUGUCAUACUUUUUCCACUUCUUUUCUUUCAUUCUAUCUCACCCUCUUUACUUCUCCUACUUCAUUUUCUUCUCUCCUUACCUUCUUAAACUCCUCUCUUUCCUCUCUCCUCUCUUCAUUACAACUACCCUUUUGCUCCUUGCCCUUCUUACUAUCUCUCCAACUCUCAUCCUCCACAACAACUCUACUUCCACAAAAUUCUUUGAAUCAAGAUUAAAAUCACAAAGGGUUGAUGAAACUGACAAGUUGGAGGAAUGUGAAGCUUACAAGAUCGUGUUUGGCAUGUCGACGGUUGAUGUUCAAGAAAACUCUGAUGAAUUCUUGGACUAUACAUCAGCUGAGGAAAGUGAUACCACCCCUAUUCUUGAUUCUUCAUGUCAUGACAAAGAUGAGUCUUUAGAAGAAAAUUUAGAAGAAUUUUCAGCUAAAAUGGAGAGUACUAAGCAUGUCAUAGAGGAGAAGACAUUGGAAAACUUCUUCAAAGAAGUAGAUGAGUUUGAAAACACAACUUGGAGUCAGAAUGUGGAAGUGAAAAAAGUUGAAAAAAACAUUGAAAAACAAAAGGAUGAGGUACUAGUGAAAAAUGUCCAUUCUAAGGGACUUAGUGAAAAUCUUGAUAAUGUGGGAAUCAGUUAUGGAUCAAUGAGGAAAGAAAAAGAGUGGAAACGGACAUUAGCAUGCAAACUAUUUGAGGAGAGACACAAUUCUAGCUAUAGCAAUAGUGAAGGAAUGGAUUUGUUGUGGGAAACACAUGAAAUGGACACCAAAAAGAGCAAGGCAAAAAGAGAAAAUAGUUUGAAAAAGAUGAAAAAGAAAGGAGAAUUGAAGGGAUAUAAAAAAGAAUAUGAUGAGGUUGAAGAAGAAAUGGAUGAGCAGCAGCUUUGUUGUUUACAGGCAUUAAAGUUUUCAGCUGGAAAGAUGAAUUUGGGAAUGGGAAAGCCUAAUUUUGUCAAGAUUUCUAAGGCAUUUAGAGGAUUUGGAUGGCUACAUCAUGUAAACAAGAAUAGCAAGAAGGUGCACUGUGGAGAUGGCUUCUAAUGAAAUUGGCUUUCUAUGAAUUAAAUUAGCUACAACAACAAUUAUGUAUUGUGUGGAUUUAUUAUAAAUUAACUAGUUUUAUGUUUGUAGUCAGUCUACCGCAACGUCCUCCUUUAUCUGGAUUUGGGAUCAACAAUGUGAGCAAACAGACAGAGUUUAUGAA